AUGUCAAUUCCUCCUCUAAGAAAGGUGCAAAAGCCACGAGUAACAGUAUCGUUACGGCGUGGCAAGGAGGAAACAACUCCUCGCCGUGCAAAAACAGCGAUAAGUGAUCUACCAAUCGAAGAGAUGAUAGUACGACCAAAAACAACAACAGGAACUCGUCCAGUAUCAUCAUAUAACAUCAAUGCAUUUGUUAGAUCAUCAAGAUUAUUCGAAUCAAAAAUGAAAACAAUAAAAAAGCCGCCAAAGCAAAUUGAAGAAUCCAAAAGGAACAUGGUUACAAGCCCAAAGGAGUGGGUAUCAGAUUACGUUCGAUCCAAGCUUGCAAACAGUGCCGCUUUGAAAAUUCAAAGAUGUUGGCGCAAUUAUUCAGUGAGGAAACAAUGGGGAGGCCUAUUUCAUCGAAGAAUAUGGUCUAGAAAAGACGCUUUACUCAGAAUUUUUGUCGCUUGGCGCGGAUAUACAACAAAGAAAUUCAAUGUCAUCGUUGAUUGCUACAACAGGUUUUCUAGAUUCCAACUCGAAAAGAAAUGGCUCAGUACAGAACAAAAUAUCGCCCCAUUCAACGUCUUUUACCUUACAGAUAACUAUUUCAUUCCAAAUCUCGUUACACCACGUCAAUACACCUUUAUUGCUCGUGUCUUUGCUCAUCCAGAGAGUCGAUUCGUCCUCAAACUGUGGAAAUUCGCAGCCCACACUCAAAAAGUUUUUCGAGAAAAAUCAUUAUACUUUUUCUUCACGGUUAAGAAGCGCCAGCACUUCGGCUUCAUUUUCUCGGCCUUCCAUCUGUGGCAUCUCUUCACAGUCUGGAAGCGAAAAUCCAAGAAAGACCCAGAAUUUUACCAUCUCGAACAAAGUGAAGUGAUAAUUGAUUGGAAUGUCCGAGAGAAAUUUCUGAAGAAAACAAAGGCCUUGAACCAUACAGCAGACAACACGUUCAAGAAGAACCUGAAGAAGAAAGCUCUCAUAGCAGUUCACCAGAGAUUGGUCGAGAAACGCCAAUUAUCUCUUGAUUAUGACUCAUCCGGACAAUUUUACUUGCACCACUUGAUGGAACAGUGCAGAAAAGCCUGGGUACACUUUGUAUUGAAGCAGAGAGCAAGGAGGCAAGAAUUACUAAGACUACAGAAGAUUUGGUACACAACAAGUUAUAAUAUGGCCUUGGAAAAAACAAACAAAAAUGUCCUCUCAAAUUUUCAUCAGAAAUUUUUCACAUCACAAGUCUUUCGCGGUUGGCAGAAAGAAAGUCGCUUAGAAACAUUCAAAACGCUUAUAAAUGCGUUCUCCAUGCAGAAAAAGCCAAGUUUAGCGAGACAAUUCGUAUUAAAAUUAUAUGGUCUCGAUAGUUUGGUAUUUUUCGAAAGAGUAUGGAAGGAAUGGAUCGCUUAUACACACAAACGUCGUAAUUGGCAUAAGUUUGUCAGUAUUUGCAAUCAAGAUACAGGAGAUCUUGAAUUAAAACAGAUUUGCUACUACGGAAUCAAGAAACACGUUGAUCACCAGACAUUCAAGAGAAUUGUACACGCAAAUAACACACAGAUCUAUGACCUUGCGUUAGUUUCUCUCGAAGGAAUUUACAAAAAUUUGGAAUCCAUGAACCAAAAAAGUGACACCUCUCAAAUCGACCAAGAAAAAAGUGACAUCACAUCAGAAAAAAUACCAAAAGAAAAAAAAUCGAAAAAUGAUAAUUCCCAAGAAGAAAAUCCAAAAGAAGAAAAAAUUCCAAAAGAAAAAAUUUUGAAAAGUAACACUUUUACAAAAAUUUUAUUAGUUGCAUUAGAUUCGAUUAAGAAUGGCGACAAAGCAAAAGUUAUUAAGCUUUUCAAGACAGAAGAGAAGCAACAAACAUCAAAUGACGUCAAAGUUCAUUAUAGUUUCAAUGAAAUUCUUCAUAUUAACAACAAUAACUGUAAACAGCUUUACAAUUUGAUGAGAUACAGAAUUGCAAGAGACAGUGUUUUAAUCAGUGGAUUAGCAACGCAUACAGCAGCAAUUGAACUGAGAAAAAUCCUGCCUUUCUUUGUUACUUACAAUUCUGAUGAUUUCAUGAAAUUCCCAAACAUAAAGACACCGAAUCUCAACUUGAAUGUGUCCGAUGACGUGAUUCCAAGUCUGAAAGAACACAAGAGAAGUUUGGAGAUGAAGAAAGGUCAAAUUUCCUUCGAAAUUCUUUCAAUUCUCAGCCAAGGAAAGACUGAAUUCAAGAGCAAGAUGAGACCUCCAAUUGUCAUUUACGGAGAUUCCAAUUCUUUGUUUGAUAAUUCUGUUGAAAACUUCUCAAGUGAUAAUGUUCCUGCAAAUGAUUCUAAAGCGAAUUUGACUCCGCAAAUCAUCACGAAUCCUUCUGCAGCGCAAGCCAACCAGAAAUCAAAAGAAAUCAGAGCUUCUUUGACUAGUUUCACUCGUCCAAACCUUGGUGAUUUCACUCCUCCUCACAAGAACUUGUUUUUAACUGUUCUUAAAGAUACUCUUGGAAAUAGAACUCCUUCUCAAAGUUUGUUAUCGAAUUCGAUGCUUGAAUUCGCUCCUUCUUUUUCUUCAGAAGUUCUUUCUUCGAAAUUAGAACACAGUGAAGCAUAUUCUGGUCUCAGAAGAUUCUUUACUAAUUCAGCACAAAUUAGAUUGGACAUGAAAACUUCUGAUACGCAACAAGCAGAAGAAUUAAUGACAAAAACACAGAUAAGAACAAUGAGAAGAAAUAUAAAUGCGUUUUACGCAGGAAUGUUUGGAAUUGAUGCUUCUAAAAAUGUUCCAAUGGAUAUAAAACCUCCACAAUGGUUAAAGAACAUCGCAGAAGCAAUAAUUGCUUGUCAUUAUGAACUGAGAAAGUUCCAAAGUGUUUAUUCUUUUUGUGGUGAAAUUCCUUUUCCAAGGAAAUUCUUGGUUGAUGACCCUGCAAAUGUCGAAUUGAGAUCAAUAAUUUAUGUCGCUGUUACAAAGAAGUUCCCGAGAUUGGCAAAGACAGAAAACGCUAUAAAAAGAGAUGACAAUCAGGACAUGACAAGAACUGAUUUGUACGUCGCAAUGUUAGCUCUUCCUUACAUAUUUAAGGCUGAAUACGUAGCAGACUUUUUGAAGGAUGAAAUUAAGAUUGAUCAGAUGAAACAUGAAACUGAAUGA